UGAGCCCAGAGCGGGUUAAAGUCGGGUUGAGGUUUAGUAUUCGUCUUUGGGGAAACUGUUCCGCGAGGCUACUCUUGUUGUCAUAUGCUAAGAUUAGCUUAGCUAGGCUAACAAGUUAUGUGGCGAUGCGCACUUGUUUAUCGUGUUGAAUUUAACAUGGGUUUGGACUUAUGGAAGUCAGAACUGUCUUAUAAUGCGUGCUAGACCCGCACUAAAGAAUAACGAGUAAAGAGCGAAGCAUGAAGUCCGGACUUGAGGGGAAAAGCAUUGUUCUGCUGAGUGCCAGGGGGCCCGCUACUGCUGGCGGUGUCACAUUUCAACUGCUACCGGCCGACGCGCCCUCUAGUGGACAGACGCGGAACCUGCUCCUCCCGGCAACAAGAGCUCGUCUCAUCUUUUUACCCACAAGCCCCUUCAAGCUUUGGCAAACAUUCCCCUCAGUCCAGAGACGGCCCAGGACCAGGAGAGGCGGAUUCGCCGUGAAAUUGCCAACAGCAACGAGCGCCGCCGUAUGCAGAGCAUCAACGCCGGAUUCCAGUCUCUCAAAACACUCCUGCCACACACAGACGGGGAAAAGCUCAGCAAGGCGGCCAUUCUGCAGCAGACGGCGGAUUACAUCUUCACCUUGGAGCAGGAAAAGACGCAACUUUUAGCACAAAACAAUCAGCUUAAACGCUUCAUUCAGGAUUAUAACGGUUCAUCACCUAAAAGGAGGCGAGCUGAGGAGAAGGAUGAAGGAAUCGGGUCUCCAGACAUGCUGGAGGAGGAGAAGGUUGAGGAGCUGAGGAGGGAGAUGCUGGAGCUGCGGCAACAACUUGAUAAAGAGCGCUCCGCUCGAAUGCACCUGGAAGAGCAGGUGCGCUCUCUAGACAGCCAGCUGUAUCCCGAGCGUCUGAAGGUGAUCACCCAGCAGGUGGAGGAGGAGCAGGCCCUCAUUCAGAGUCAAACGCUGCUGCGGCUCCAGCAGAUCCACUCCAUAGACAGGAAGGCUCAGAGCCCACAGGUGCUGUCUUUGCCCACCCCUCCAGCCCCGACCCACCACCCCACCGUCAUCGUCCCCGCCCCAGCACUGACCCAGCAGCCCCACCAUCACGUCACCGUGGUGACCAUGAGCCCGUCAGCCCACACCAGCACCGUCUCCACCUCCAGGCAGAACCUGGAUGCCAUCGUGCAGGCGAUCCAGCACAUCGAACGCACUCAGGAAAGAAGAGCCAGCACUGAGGAAGAGCAGAGAAGAGCGGUCAUCGUUAGCCCCGCCCACGUUGCCAUGGACACCGCCUGCUCAGACACAGACACAGACACAGAGGGAGAGGAUUGUUUGAUGAACUGAUGAUCCAUCCCAUAAACUCGUUCAGAGGACCCUUCAAAUCAAACUCACUGUAAGAUUCCAUCCAAGAGCUUCAAAACAUCUGUAGACAUCGUCCAUACUCCAACAUCCAGUGGUUAAGCUCUUUGUCAGUCUUGUACUGUCAUUUUUAUGAAUACUAAAACAUAAAGAGAAGAGGAAAAAGCUUUGAGGUGACUUCCGGAACGCCAUCAGCCUCUGUCAGUCUGUCCCGUGUCUGUGUGCGUCAUAUCAUCCUCGUAGCCACAUAGUGUCACUGGAACUCUGACAAACGGAUGGAAACUGAAUGUAAUGAGCAGCAGUUGUUUCUCGUUAAUGAUGGUGUUGCAUGUGGUCAUCGAAGCAAAUUUACAGCCCAAAAAUCAGAAAGGUUUGGGAAAAACUCCACGUUGGAAUUAGAGAAUUGCAACUAUAUCUGAUUUACUUGAAAGAAGCUGUUUUUGUAUCUGAAAAUGCCCUUGAAAAUAAGCUGAACAGUUGUGAUGUUUUCAGGUUGAGAGAGGCGUCGGUGGAAGUGAAUGCUGAAGGUUAGCUAGCCUUUAGUGGUGUGCAGAUUUACAGACUGGAGGAUGGCGGCGUUGCUUCAGAGAGCCGGAGACGAUGGUUCAUUACGGUCCAGUCCAUCUCGUUGCCAUUCUUUUGCGGUCCGUUCUGACCCGGUUUGAACUGGUCUCUGUGGGCGGAUGGGGGGUCUUGGGGGAUCUGUUGGAGGGACCAUUUUUCUUUGUCUAAUUUCUGGUCUUGUAAUCAGAGACAUUUUGACUGAAUCGGUUUUUCCUGAAACAAGAAACUUUAGCUGAGGGGAGAUCCGGCAUGUGGGUGGUUGGGAUCGUGGCGUCCUCUCAUCUGGUCAUGGUUUGCUACUCCAGUGACUAUGCACUUGCGCAAUUGCUGUUUAUGCAAUUUCAUCUUGUGUAGAUUUUGUUGGUGGCAUUUCUACGUGAGGCAAAGUUCUCUAUGCACCUGUAAUAGGUAUGUACAUGACAUCUACAGUAUAUGUAUAAAACUUGACAUGUGUAUGUAAAGAAUGUAGUCUUUACUUGCGAGGUGCUCUUUCUGUUGCCAGCGUGACGCUCUGCAGAGCGCUGAGGCCAAACCCUUCAUGUCCGUCCUGCAUGUGCCUGAUACACGUUUCCUUUGGAGGGGGGCUCUUCUUCAUGGGGGUGUGAGCUCCAACCUGUUUCAGAGAAGGAUUUGGCAGCUCAGGUUGGAGAGUCGAGCAUAUCACACUGUAGAAACAGGGAUGUCAGCACUGAGAUGAACGGAAGAGCUCUGCAGUGCAUCAUAGAUCUGCUCCCCGUAUGUUACUUUGGGAAUUGGACUGGAAACCUCCGCCCAUCCUCCCGUCCCUCGUUUUUUCUGACUUGAUGCUGUAAACAUUCCUUUGUUUGGGUCUUUUUGAUUUGUGGGCGUUCAGCUGCCAAUGUAAUGUAUAUUAGUCCUCUGUUUGUCCUGUUUUUGGUUUUCCUCUGAGCUUUUCUGUUUUCUACAGAACAAAGCUGAUGCAUUGGGUAAAACUGUCCGCUCCCUCAUCAGAGUAGUUUUAGGCUGAGGGGGCGUUCAUAUUUUUUGUACAGUUGGUUUUACGCAUUUGGAGGGUGUGUUUUUCCCCGUUCAUGUUGAGCCAUAACCUGAUUUUCUGAUU